UUUUAUAUAUAUAUUAUAUAUACCCAAUGGUGAAGUUAUAGUUUUCCACAUUCAUUUUCUCUUUCAUUUUCCCUCAGUUUCUCGCUUCCCAAACGCCCCUUUCUCUCCUCCAAUGGCCGACCAACUCACCGACGACCAGAUCGCCGAGUUCAAGGAGGCCUUCAGCCUCUUCGACAAGGACGGCGAUGGUUGUAUUACUACCAAGGAACUUGGGACUGUGAUGCGGUCACUUGGUCAAAACCCAACUGAGGCAGAGCUGCAGGAUAUGAUAAAUGAGGUUGAUGCUGAUGGCAAUGGAACCAUCGAUUUCCCUGAGUUCCUGAACCUGAUGGCUCGCAAGAUGAAGGACACUGAUUCAGAGGAGGAGCUUAAGGAGGCUUUCCGUGUGUUUGACAAGGAUCAGAAUGGUUUCAUCUCUGCAGCUGAGCUUCGCCAUGUUAUGACGAAUCUCGGCGAGAAGCUGACAGAUGAGGAGGUUGAUGAGAUGAUUCGUGAGGCCGAUGUUGAUGGAGAUGGGCAGAUCAACUAUGAGGAGUUCGUCAAAGUCAUGAUGGCCAAGUGAGGACCAAUCGACCAUAACCAUAAUUUGAAAAGCAUAUAAAGAGAAGAGGGACAGGGCAGAUAAGUUUUGAUGAGAAUUCUAUUUCCAUUAGGUCAUCUUUGAUUUGGGGUUAUUAGCUUUUGUUAGUUAAGUGUCUAUUUUCUUGUUUGCUUUAAUUGCUACUGCUUCUCCUUAGUAUCCUACUUGUUUGCCUUGUCCCUUGUUUUAGUAGCUUCGGUUAGCUGUGUCUCACCAUGCUUUGAUACUCCACUUUUCAUCUUUUUUGGUUAUUAUUAUGAACCUAGAACAAUUGGAUGCGAUUUGUGUUUUUUACAUGUGGGUGGCUAAUGCUGUUAAUAUUUAUAUCUUCUGCAA